AUGGAUCUAUGGAAGAAGAUCUACGCCAACGUGCUGAACCGGCCCACUUUACUCCCCGACGAGUAUACCGUCUAUAUCUGUGACCAUAUCGGCGUAUACCAGGGCCGGUCGAAAAUCGUCAACCGCCAGAACGGACGCAUCUAUCUCACCAAUUUCCGCCUCAUAUACUUUGACAACGAUGCUCCCGACCAUAAUAUGGCGUUGGACCUCGCCAAUGUCACGUCGUUCUCGAAAAUCGACGGCUUCUUGAAACGCAGCCCAAAGGUGAAAUUAUACCUUAAAUCAAAUUCCGAGACUACUGCAACUAACUCACCGCUGGCAGUGAUGUGGGUGUGCAAAAUCUGUUCAUUUAACAACACUUCAAGGCCAAUAUAUUUGGAUGACGCCGAACUUGUGUGUGCCAAUUGUGGGGUACCAGCGUCACCAAAGGACGUCAAAUUGACCCCUAAACAGGACGAUCAAACUACUAGCAGUCACAACUGUCCGCUGUGUACGUUUACCAACCAUCCGUCGAUGAAAACGUGUGAAAUGUGUGGCACGCCGUUGAAGAAACCGACGACAACUACCAAGCCGCUGGCGGCACCUGACGCUCCGCAAAUCAUCGUAGAGGGGGGUAAAGUGGAGUACCUGUCUCCGGAUAAACCUUACAUCAAACUCUCGUUCCGUAAGGGAGGGGAUACUAAGUUUUGUCGCCACUUACAACAAAUAUUGGACGAUAUCCACUGGAACCAGUUACGAGCUCAGGGGAAGAUUAAUCUGGGGGCUACUAGAGCUCUGCCGGCACUCAGUGACCAACCUAAAGUACAUGGUGGUGGCAUUCUGGGGCUUGAACAGUUGGGGGAACAGCGACGACAAUAUAAUGAGACGGUGCUCACAACGUCACUCGACGACUUGGAACAGCUUAUGUUCAAGUAUGAGGACUUGCUUAAGCUUACGGGACAGCGUACUGAGCUCAUUAAGCCGCCGGUAAAGCUUAAAACGCUGGGGUCGCUGUAUAUCCCUGAGUUGGCACGGGCGAUUAGUGAGUACUGUCUUCAGCAUGCGCUUACCAAGAGGUCAGCGAUGAUCACCACCCAGGAACUAUUCACUCAGUAUAAUCGGUACUUAGUGACUACUCAAGGGUUCGGAGUUAAGCUUAUCUCUGCGGCUGACUUUGACGCUGCCAUCGCCAAAUUCACCGAGCUUCGCCUUCCAUUGGUGCUUAAACGGUACCUGUCAGCAGCGGUGGUGGCUCCCACCAACGGACUGAAUUAUCAAGAAGAUAUCCUCAAGUUUAUGAAACAACAACACCGUCAAUGGAUCAGGGAUACUUGGGUGGUGGCCCUUGCUGGCGCCAGCAGUGUUGCUCACGACGUGCUGCCGUUCUUCCGAGGUAAUACCGUGGCCGAGAUCUGUGCUCAAUUCAAUUGGAACUAUAAUAUCGCCAUGGAAGAGCUCGAUCAGUGUAUUGACGCCGGAGUGGUGGUUGUCGAUGAAAGCAUCGAAGGAACGUUCUAUUUCCUCAACAUCUUUGAUCCGAAAGCCUAUGAUGUUGAUGAGGCACCGAUUAAAGCUGAGGUUGAGCAGGAGUUGGCAGCACAACAGCAGGAGAUUAGUGGCCACUUGAAGUCACAAUUUGACCGGUCUCACGCCCUCGUAUCGUUCGCCAACUAUACCUUUGGUGAUGGAGUUGAUUCGAGUGAACCUACAGCCACACCGUCGCCAGUAUCAUCUCAUCUCAAUGACCUUUCCGGAUUAACAUUCUGA